AUGAAUGACGUGGAACAAUCACAUAAUGACGUAAUCGUUUAUAUUUUAUUAUUAUUAUUAUUAUUAUUAUUAUUAAACGUAUCGAAUAUCGAAAUUUAUUACGACAAAUUAUUGACAAAAUUAGAAGAAAAUGAACCCGAAAUGGCGACAUCGCAAGAGGAUGAGUGCGUCAUAUGCGUUAAUGCGAAAGCAACAAUGCAAACUUCACCCUGCGGUCAUAGAGUCGUCUGUCGUAAAUGUUUCGUUAAAACUAUACAAAUGGCCGUGUCACAACGUCUCCUGCCACUUCGAUGCGUUAUAUGUCGUGCCAAGAUACUCAGGCUUAAACAAAGUUCCGGACACGGAAGUAUAUCGUAUUCGAAAUCCUGGCUCAUGCCAUCUUCUGCAUCUUCCUAUUCCAUGUCUGCCAAAUCUUGGAACGCGGGUUCCAGCAAACAAUACUGGAACGAUAAAAAUUGGGUUCCAACAUCUGCUUCGCAAUAUUCAAUGAGUAGUAGAAACGUACCCAAUUCCGCUUCCAUGUACUCUAUGACGUCUGGAUCCUCUUCGCUCUCGGGAAUGUCUUCCGUUUCUUCUGCCACAAAUUCGAGUUUAAGUUCGAGAAGUUCUUCCACAUCAACCGGACGUGAUUUGCCACUUAGGCAACCCAUUGGAUCGCUCAGAAAAUCACAGCAAUAUUCAAUGAAAAUGAGAAUACAAGAAUAUAAAGAACCGAGACAAAUGGAAGAAAAUGAUAAACCAACAAGACUUGCUCCAAUAUUAGAAUUUCAAAGGGAAUACAGGUUGGGAAAAGAAAGAGCUUCUUCCUCGUCGACAAGAAUAAGGUAA